GAGUUCAGUCAGAUAACAAUUUCCGGCGAGUUAGCCGGAAGUUGGGGCAAUGGCCGGCAUGAGAAUGGACGAUGACCUGUUUGAUAGCAUUGUGUUUGCAGAAGAAAGGUUCCGAGAUGAAGGCUACCGGGAAGGUUUUGAGAGGGGGAGCCGCCGAGGGCUUCAGGACGGCCGCAGACACGGAGCUUGUCACGGAGCCCGGCUGUCCUGCGAGAUGUCCUUCUAUUACGGCUUUGCAAUCACGUGGAAAUGUGUCCUCCAAAACAACAUAGAUGGCAAAUCAAGAAAGCGUGUGAAAGCACUGGAGGCCCUCCUUGGAAUGAUCCAAAGCUCUCCUCUUGAUGAUCCGCAGUCUCAGAAGCUACAGGAUGACAUGGACAAGCUUCGAGCUAAGUUCAGACAGGUCUGCUCUAUGCUCAGUGUCCCAGCUGACUUCAAGGAUUACAUCAGCGUGGCUGAAGGCACUUCAUUCUAAGUCUGUCUUGAUGGUGAACCAGAGCCGACCCAGCGCCCAGACACAAGGUGGAAGCUGAUUUGAUGUCGGCCUUGAAUGCCCCAGCAGAUAUGGUCUGCAGUGGAUUCAUCUGAAUGCUGGGAGUGUGAGACAGUGACAAUCAGACAAGAAUUGUGUGAUCCUUGAUGAUCUAGAUAAGUCUGAGGAAAAUGUGCUGUCACUACAGACCCAGAAACGGGAAUUUGGGGGCAGGAAUUGUGAUUUCCUACAAAUUGAUUUAUUGCAGUUUUUUAGUUGACUACAGAACUAAACAUCAGGACAGUAAGGCAGUGAAAGUUGUGUCCUUAAACGUAACAUUAGAUUUGAUUAAAUAAAUAAGAUUCUUUCAACUAGAUGGUUGCUUUAAGCAGUUGAUGAAGGAGAUAAAGUACAUUAAGGUGAGGUUUUGAGGAUGGAACAUUCUGUUGAGGAAAUCGGAUGAAUUCACAGAUAAAUUGUACGUCAGUGUUAAGAUCAGCUUGACCUUCAGUUUGUGUUUUUUAAUAACUGUUCUUACAGUUUUUGGACCAAGGCGUUCACUGAAUAAAAGUGCCCGCUGCAGUUGUUUAGAAAGGAGGAACAUAGAGGGUAUGUUACUGAAGUAAAUACAGUGGAACCCCGACUUACGAAUACCCCAUUUAACGAAAAAUUCAAGUUACGAAGGCACUUAACGGCAAUAUUUUUGCCCGUGUUACAGCAAAAUACCCGCCUAACGAAAUCCGCUGGCUCUGAUUGGCUGAGCCCAGAAUGUCCACAAUGCCCACAAUGCCUUCCGAAUCAUGUGACAACCCCUUGGCUUUCGUACUUGCGCUUCGCUGUUCCACUUGAACGACGUAUUGUUGUUGCAGUUAGCAAUUAGCCUAUAGCCUAUCGUUCACUCAAAAGGCGCAAUGGGUGCUUCGACUUACAAAAAUUUUCGAUUACCAAAGACCCUCGGGAACGAAUUAAUUUCGUAAGUCGGGGUUCCACCGUACUGUGGUUUAUGACUGAAUGGACUUUUGAACUGAAAUUAAUCUUGAGGUGAGUUGAUUUGCCUUUUUACCAUCACUAAAAGUGGAAAUGAAACACUAAAUGUAUAAAGCCUAACUUGCAUCAUGGAGCCUGGCUCUCAGAAACUGACACAGAUGUAACGCUGUCUGUGGAUCUGGAUUUAAGAAAUAAGUGCUUAAAGUUUUAAAAACAUGUUUAGCGCCUUUUUUCUGUUAGUAUGGAACAUUCUGUAUUGACAGAGGAUGGCGCCGGGCUCAAUAGUAUAAAUUAGCCUUUAUACAUUUAGUGUUUCAUUGUCUUAUAAUGUAAUAGUAAUCUGAUAUGUUUUUGUUAAAGCAGCAAGCAACAGAUUAGACAUGACAUUUACAGAAAUAUGACAAUUAGGUUAAAAACGUAAGGACAGGCUUGUGGAGGGUGUUAAAACUGUGUGUGAUGUGUAUGAGAAUUAGUGCUGUGUAAGUGUAAUUUCUAUCAAAGUGGAAGGAGGUUGCUCCUCUCCAUCAAAAUGCACAAAAACAGUAACUGAAAUAAAUGCAUAGUCUCACUAUA